AUGGGUGAUGCUGAAAAAAUCCAUAUUGGUUGUAUUGUUAAAAAAUCAUUAAAUUCACAUAUCUAUGAUUUUUUAAGUAAUACUAUAUCUGAUGGAAUAGCAAAUACUUUUCUUCAAGAUAUAAAUAAUAACAACAACAAUGGUUAUUGUAAUCAACCGAAUUGUAAUAUACCAAACAGCGUGAUUCAAAAGGCAAAUUUAUUAGAAGAAUGGCAAACUUUUUGGCAUCUUUUAAACAACAAUAAUAACAGUAAUAAUAACAUUAAUUUCCCCUCAAGAGGUUUCAAUUCGAUUCCACAACAAAGUGAAUUGGAGUUAUUACCACUAAUGGCUACAUCGUUAGAGAAUGAGUCUAUGGAUAGUAAUCAUUCCGUUACUAAUAGUAACAACAAAUUUAAUAAUACCAAUAACAACGACAGCGAUCAUAUUAUUUUACAAAAUACCGUUCAUUCACAUAUUAAAAAUAAUAAGAUUCCGAUGAUAAAAUCUUCUUCAUUAAAUGAAACUAUCUCAUCACAAACAAUGGAAAAAGACACAAAUGAAAUUAUUCUUCAACCGCAGCCGCAAGUAGUUAUUUCUAAUAAUAGCAAUAAUACAAUUAAAUUUGAAAAUGUUUCUUUUGCUAAUGCUUUAGAAUCAAAUUUCGAAGGUUCAAUAUCAUCUCAUUACAAUGCUUCACCUAUCCCAAAGGUUAAUAAAAAAAUUAAUAAAACUACUAAGUCUAAGAAAUCAUCCAAAUUUAAUUCACCAUUCACAGGAAGUUUCCAAACAACAGGAUGGAUAAAACAGUAUGCGGAUAAUACAAUUAACAAACCUAUAAGAAAAAAAUCAAAUAAGAAAAAUACCCCAACGUCAUUAGAAUCUCACUCAAGAAGGUUGGAAUUCAAUCGUAAAAAUGAAUAUUCACAAAGAUCUAAUAGUGUUUCAAGUAGCAAUUGUAGUUCGGCAACAACACCUUCGGUAUCAUCAUUAUCAUCAUUUUCAAAAUCUAAGUCAAAAUCAAAAAAGAUUAGUGGAAAAUCUCCUAUGGCAACUAACAACAACAACAACAACAAAAAUAGCAAUACAAACAAUAGUAAUAACAGUAAUGAAAAUAAUACUAUCGCUACACCACAGGUGGAUUCAGUAUUAGAUUCUAUUGAUUAUGCCGAAAUGGCUAAUUCAAAUGUCGGUGCAAAAUUCAUUCAAGAGACAAAUAAUCACAAAAAUGUAUACUCAGGGUAUCAUGCAUAUGGUUCUAAUCCAGAAGAACAUUCUUAUAUGGAGACUCUUCUUUAUGAUACAAUACCAUUUGAUGAGCACAUGUUUGCGUCAAUAAACCUUAAUCAAUUUUCAACACAAUCAUCAAAUUCAGAAGUAGAUUUGAAUUCUACAAACCAUAGAAAAUCAGACUCAUCAAAGGUGUCUAGCGAAUAA